UAGAUUACGUUAGGUUAGUGUUCUUAAACACACACAGGCAGGGAAGAGGAAAGAAAGAGGUUGAGUGGAAUGACACGGGCAGGGAGGAGCAGAUGGAGUGGGGGAAGAGGAGAGGGGAUAAGGUGAUCUACAUAUCUUGAAGUAGUGGGACACACACACACACACACACACACAUCCAAAAUUAAUUUAGAAAAUAGAUAACCCCAACUAAUAAGUGGGUAGGAGUGAUAGCCGUCUUUGUUUUAAUGAUGGUUCGUCAGUCUGACCCGAUUCCAGUAUUUCUAUUUUCUGAACUGAUAUGUUUUUUGGCUUUUAAGUAAGCUUUUUUUUUUUUUUUUUAUGGUUUCUAGAGAGUAUUUUAGUUGAGCCAAUCCUGCGUUCGUUCGUGCAGCAUUACAAGCUGAAUAUCUGGGACACUGGAGGCAUGUCCUCCUGCCAGACCUACUGGUGGAACUUUUUUGAGUGCACUGACAACCUUAUCUGGGUGGUGGACAGUGCUGAUGGAACUGCAUAAGAGACUGUCAGGGGGAACUGAAGAAACUGGCGGGAAGUGCAUCCAGAAGCAGUGCAUGUGUGAUGGCAUCAAUGGCUGCAGUAGUGGAGAGGAUGAAUUGGUGCAGCUGUGUGGCAUUGUUGAGUGCCGGGAGAAGAAUGGUGGGUGUGAGCACCUCUGCUUCAAAACUCAGAAGCUGUACUACUUCUGCCAGUGCCAGUGGUACAGACUCAUCACAAAAUUUAACUGUGAAAACAUUGAUGAGUGUGUGUUGCCUGGGUUGUGCUCCCAGUAUUGCACUAACACCACUGGCAGCUUCCAUUUCUCCUGUCAGCCUGGCUGCUGCUGUGACUCAUAACUACUCACACUGAAAGGUUGGGUGAUGACCAGCUGGGAAUUGCAUGACAGUGAAACAAAGACUAGAAGAGGGGGUCUGUGUCUUGAAAUUUAAAUGUAUAUGGUGAGCUGCAGUGUUAGUAGAGUCAUUUAGUGCAACAAGGACAAGAAAAUUAAGGUGACCAGGAGGUGAUUGCAUGAUGCCACAAAGGAAGAAAGACUAGAAGGAAGGGUUUGUCUUGAAAUUGAACUUUAUAUGCUUGGCUGCAGUGUUAAUAAAGUCAUUUAGUGCAACAAUAAGGAAAAGGUCAAGAGAGCUCACAUGAGCAGCCCUUGAGAUUCCUUAGGUGCUGGUGGAGAAGAAUGUGAUGACAGUGGAUGGUCUUGCAGUCGACUGGACUCAUGGGAACAUUUACUUCAUAGACAUCUCGGCAAACAAGAUCCAGAUGAUUUCCUAGGAUGGCUACUGGACUUGCACCAUUGUGACUAAACUGGACCUUGCUCGUGCCACUGCUAUAAAUUCCAUUGAUAGCUGGAGGCAUCUUGAAUCAUCCAUGUUUACCACCAGUAAGCCCGCCCUUGGGGGAGAAUGUGUGUGAGGCACAAGGGUGCAGCCACUUUUGUGUCUGCACCUCUUAGGGAAAAUCUGUGUAUUUGUGCCAAUGACUUCUCAGUCUCCCUCAACAAAACCACUUGUAUUAAUGAUACCAGUGUUAUUGUGUCCUCCCAGUGGUAACAAUGAGGAUGCAGCAAUGGUGGAUAAUCUGUCUGAAGGACUCCUCCCUUUGGCAGUAUUUGGUUCAUCCAGCAGCAGUAGCAGCAGCAGCAGCAGUCAGAAGAUGGUGAUUGAAGUGUCGAGUCCCCAAGAUGGCAUGGUGCUGGGUGUUGUGCUGGUCUCCUUUGCAAUUCUUGACCUUGCUGCUGGACUGCUGGGUGGGCUCUUGAAGUUGCUAUACCAUUGAGCAGGAUGGCAUUGUACUCCUCCCACAGUAGUAUGACUACAGCAAUGCCCAGAAUUAAGUGUUGAUUGGCCAUGAUGUGUUACCAGUCUCAGGAGCAAGAGGAGGAAGGAAGGAAUGGAGAAGUAUGAUGUCAUCAGACCCUCCUCCCUUUCAGUCUCUCUCUGUCAGUGUUUAGCAAAAUUUCUAUUGUUUUCCAAGUUUUUUUUUUUUUUUUUUUAAUGCAGGAGGGACACUGGCCAAGGGCAACAAAAAAAUAGUAAAAAAAAAAAGCCCACUGAGAUGCCGGUCCCAAAUAGGGUCCAAAGUGGUGGUCAAAAAUUGAAGGAUAAGUGUCUUGAAACUUCCCUCUUGAAGGAAUUCAAAUCAUAGUAAGGUGGAAAUACAGAAGCAGGAAGGGAGUUCCAGAGUUUACCAGAGAAGGGGAUGAAUGAUUGGAAAUACUGGUUAACUUUUGCAUUAGAGAGGUGGACAGAAUAGGGGUGAGAGAAAACAGAGUUGUGCAGCGAGGCUGCGGGAGGAGGGGAGGCAUGCAGUUAGCAAGAUCAGAAGAGCAGUUAGCAUGAAAAUAGUGGUAGAAGAUAGCAAGAGAUGGAACAUUCUGGUGAUGAGAAAGAGGCUAAAGACAGUCAGUUAGGAGAGAGGAGUUGAGGAGAUGAAAAGGUUUUGAUUCCACACUCUGCUUAGAGGGAUCCUGAGGAGGGAUUGGAGUGAUACAAGUGAUACAAGAUACAGAUAUGAGAUUGUGAUCGGAGGAGUGCAACGGAGAAGAGCAAGCAUAAGCAGGAGGAUUAGAGGUUAGGAAAGGUCAAGAAUAUUGGGCAUAUCUCCAAGACAGUCAAGAAUAUGAGUAUGGUGUUGCACCAAUUACUUUAAGUCAUGGAGGAUAGCAGAGUUGAAGUCUAGUUCACCAGGAUGGUCAGUGAAGGGAGAGGAAAGCCAAAGUUAGUGGUGAACAUUGAAGUCUCCAAGAAUGGAGGUCUCUGUAAAAGGGAAGAGAGAAUGUGCUCCACUUUGGAAGUUAAGUAGUCAAAGAAUUUCUUAUAGUCAUAGGAGUUAGGUGAGAGGUGUACAGCACAGAUAAAUUCAUUUUGAGAGUAACUCUGUAGUUGUAGCCAGAUGGUGCAAAACUAAGAAGAUUCAAGAGUGUGGGCAUGAGAACAGGUUAAGUCAUUGCGCAUGUAAACUCAACAUCCAGCUUUGGAUUGAAAAUGAGGCUAGAGAAAGUAAGAGGUAACAAUUCUAUUGCCUGAGAUGCCUGUGUUUCAGUGAGGAAAAGAUGAUGAGGUUUAUUAGAGGAGAGAUGAUGAUCUACAGAUUGAAAAUUAAAUCCAAGACAGGGAAUGUUGCAGAAAUUAAUGAAGAAAAAGUUGAUACUUAGGGUCGAUAUCAGAAGAACAGUCCAACCUGGGGACAUUUGUGGUCUCCUUCCCAGAUGGGGACUCUAAGGCUGGUGUAGGAGUCGCCAUGAUUUUGAAUUUUUCAGUGAAGGUUGUGUGUGUAAUUAGGUGCUUGUAGUUUUGUGUGAAGGAAGAGUUGUCUUUAGAGGGCAGGGUGUGACUGCCCCCUUGUAUUAUGAGCCACAAAGAGAAACGUUCAGUGUGGUCACAGGUGGGUGUAAUGAUAAGUUCACAGCAUCCUCUGAUCUAGUGCUUUAGACCUCACUGGGAAUAAUUAUCAUUUUGGCAGGUGUGUACUGUCUCCUAUUCUAUUGUGUGUGUGUGUGUGUGUGUUUCACCUGUCACCUACGGUCGUCUACUGGUCACACAGCCAGCCAGCUGUUCUUAUGUGGAAAGAGGUCAUAGCUCAUAGUGUGUGUGUGUGUGUGUGUGUGUGUGUGUGUGUGUGUGUUGUCUUUUCAUUCUACAUAUGGUGAGUGUGUGUGUGUGUGUGUGUGUGUGUGUGUGUGUGUGUGUGUAUGUUGCCCUGUUUUUCAUUUACCAAUCCUUCAGGCUGUGAUUAGCUGACUGCAUGCAGUAUAUGUAUGUCUAUUUUUUGUUCUCAAAGCUUUUAAAUUUUGAAAAUGCAACCGUUUCUAUAAAGAUUUUAAACUAUCUUAUGCCCAUGGCUGUGCCCUCUUUAGUUGGUAGUGUUCUACAUAUAUACAUACAUAAACCUAUCUUCUAAUCUGUCGAUUUGAGAUUCUAUAACGUAAGUAAUUUAAAAAAAAAAUAAAAUAAAUAAAUAAAACUUGCCUAAGAUAACACACAAAAAAAAAAAAACAAUAGAAAAUAUUAUGAAAAUAUAAAAUAUACAAAAAAGGGGCUUGAAACAUUAAAAACUAAGGGGAAAAUCUUGAAUCCCCUUAGAAAAACGAGAAACUUCAUCAGCUGAUGAACCCUGCUGCAGUGUGUACAAGUGGCUUUGCUUUGCUCCUUGAGUUUUCUCCGAGUUUUGUGGUUUAUUUUCUCUUGCCUGUGUGCUGAAAUACCCUGAAGAUGGUGAUGAGUGCGUGUGGUUCAUGCGAGGAGAGUGUGGCGAACGUGCAAAGGGCUGUGGCAUGCGAGAGGUGCAUGGCCUGGUUCCACGUAGCCUGUGUGGACAUGAGGGAGGCCAACAUGAAGGCGCUGGGGUUCGAGCUUUUGGUGUUCCUAUGCAGGGAAUGCCUGAGCAAGAGCCUCAAUGAGUGGAGGAGCCAGGAUGAGGAAAAAGGAGAGUGGGAGCAGAGUACCCAGACAGAAAACCUGAUGAAAGACGCAGAAGCACAGACGACGAAAACUAAAGAAAGAAGAGACCAGCAAGAAGUGGUGGAAGUGGCUAGAACAGACAGAUGCCCAAGGAAGAAGAGAAUGGUAAUCAAGAAAGCCCCAGUACAUGUCAUUGGAGACAGCAUGGUAAGGAAGACUCCUGACAUUGUGAGAAGCCCCAGAACGUGUCAUUGGAGACAGCAUGGUAAGGAAGACUCCUGACACUGUGAGAAGGGAAAUUGAGUGCACGAGCAUGGGAACUGCCAAGAUGCAAGACAUCAAGAGGAAAGUCAAGGAAGAAGUGCAAGAAAUGGAAGAGAAAAGCCUGGUAGUGAUUCAAAGAAGAGGCAACAACUUAGUAGAGGCAGAUGCUGAAGAAACAGUAAAGUGAUAGAAGCAGUGAGGGCAGCAGAAGAAAAGAUGUGUGUGGCCGUGGUGGGGGUCCUGCGGCGCCCACAGGAAGGAGUGCAGUACAAAAAGGUCACAAAAGAAACAAACUGCAAGAUAUGCAUGGAACUCAUGAAAGUCCCAUAGAUGGCAGAGAAGAAGGGCAACUUGAGCUUCCUAGACAUGAAUGGGAUACUCGACCAGGACAAAUUCUAUGGGAGAGACGGGGUCUACCUCAACCACAACGGGAAUGAGAGGCUAGGACGUCGACUGGCUGAGUGGAUGAGGGCGAGGCAGGUGUGUUGUGUGGACGAGGCAUGACGAGGAGGACCCACUGAUGUCCGUAAACAUGGAAGAGAAGAGACUAACCAGGAGUUGCCGAUCCAAAGGCCUGGCUCAUGAGUGAUCCUGAGCCACCUGUACCAUCAAGAUCAAGACUCAAACACUGGAGGAGUUGCCGAUCCAAAGGCCUGGCUCAGGAGUGAUCCUGUGGAAAGAAAGAAGACCCUGGAAUGGUACAAGGAGAAAGAGGCCCCGAGGUAUGAAAGGUGGUAUGAUGGAAGCCUGGGCGGUGAUCUUCUCUUCCGAGCGAGGGCACAGUGUAUGGAUGUGAAUGCAAGGAGUUACAGGUGGUCUGAGUCCCGCAGCAAAGUGUGCCAGAUGUGUGACAUGGGAGAGGAUGAGACGGUGGAACAUGUGGUGCUGGAGUGUGUGCAGUAUGCCAGAGACAGGAAUGAGAUGAUGCAAAUGAUACUAACUGAGUUAGGGCAUGAUAGGAAUGAAAGAGUGGAGAAGACAGGAAAGGAAUGGAUGGUGUUGUUGCUGGGACUGUGUAGAGAGGCGAAUGAAAGGAUGAUUGAGGCGGUGAAAGAGUUUCUGGAGAGAAUGUGGCGUGCCAGGUGUAUGAACAAUUAGGAUAGAGGAUGCUGUUCGUUUCUCUUUUUUUUUCCCUCUUUCUACAGGAGUUGCCGAUCCAAAGGCCUGGCUCAGGAGUGAUCCUGUGCCACCUGUACCAUCAAGAUCAAGAUCUGUACCAUCAAGAUCAAGAUCA